UCCACGCCUGCUACCCUGGAAACUUCGGCGCCCAGCUGCACACUGCCCUUGAGCAGCCUCUUCCUACUUGUUUAAGUAAUUUAUUUUAUCUGAUAAACCGCGAAGUGCUGCAGGGAUGUGGAAAGGAUGAACAAAGCCGACAGUAGUUACAGUGAGUUUGAAACAGCUGAGACACUGCUAAAUUCAGAGGUUCAUAUGCUUCUGGAGCAUCGAAAGCAACAGAAUGAGAGUGCAGAGGAUGAACAGGAGCUUUCUGAGGUCUUCAUGAAAACCUUAAAUUACACAGCCCGUUUCAGUCGUUUCAAAAACAGAGAGACCAUUGCCAGUGUUCGUAGCUUGUUGCUCCAGAAGAAGCUUCAUAAGUUUGAGUUGGCCUGUUUGGCCAACCUUUGCCCAGAGACUGCUGAGGAAUCAAAGGCGCUGAUCCCAAGCCUGGAGGGUCGGUUUGAAGAUGAAGAGUUACAGCAGAUUCUUGAUGACAUCCAGACCAAACGCAGCUUUCAAUAUUAAUCUCCAAAUACCACUCUGCUGCUGAGGGAACUACAUCUCAAGCCCAGAACCAGUGUCCUGGUGUCUGGAGCUAACUCACACAGAAAUUCCAUUGCCGAAGACACUUGGGCUGCCUUUGGAUAGAACAACCCAGCUUAGUCUUGGUUUAGGUUGCUGUUGCAGACUUGACUAUUGAACCAUGUUUUUGAAACUACAGGAAACGACAGUCUUACCUAAAUGCAGAAGGAAGAAUUAAGGGGCAUUGGCUGGCUCGGUAGAGCACGUGACUCAAUCUCAGGGUGAGUUCAAGCCCCACAUUGGGCAUGGAGCCUAGAAACAAAAACAAGCAAAAAAAAAACCCCGAAUAUAAAUGCAAAAGGAAUAAUUAAACCAGCCCUGUACCAUCAUCUGAAAUCCUUACAGAAAAGAUGAUACACUAAUGACUGAGACAGCAUUGGCAUCAUAGUGCUUAACCCAGAAGUCAAAGAAGAAGCUCACCAUGGGAAGCAGUUACACCCAGGAUAACUGCCAAGCAUGGAGGGCCCUAACAUAACCUUGAGGUAGAUCAGUACUUGACCUUUUUUCUUAGACUGUUGAAGAAUGUAGAUUCGGAGGCAGUGGUCCUAAAGUACCUACUCCUAAAUUAAGAUUUUUUUUCCUUUAGUGGCUGGACUUGAGGAUCUGAACACUUUGAAGACAGACUCCUUGGAUGGGGCAUCCAGUCCAAACCUUUUUCUUGCUACUUAGUGGCAGGUGAUCUCUGAUGGGGGUGAUUGUCUAUUUUCAUAGGAAGGAAAGCGGAGAGUGUGCACAAAGAAAGCAUGCAUGUAAGCUAGUAGAUUUGGUCAUGUGAAGACAAGUAUCACUAAGUUCACUAAACUACAGAUACUCCCCCCAGGAACCACAUGGUUGGAGCAGGGAGAGAAGUGGGGGUGAUGUUCCCAGAUGAAGGAAGAGGGUCAUGGCAGGUAGUAGAAACAAAAACACCCCACCAAAUUGGUCAGAUACCAUAAAAAUGUCCAUACUCUGACCUAGUGAUUGUAUUUCUGGAAAAUGUAUACCAAAUAUCAGAACACAGAGGAAGCUCUAUUUGUCAGGAGCUGAUUCUUUUUCCAAUAGAGAAAUAGUAUGGUAUGUUAUGGUUACUUGUCCAUGGACUAUUUCUCACCUAUUUAACAGGUGAACUUUUUCAGAAGCUAAAUGGCUUACAGCCAAAAUACUUGGAUUCAGAUGGACAUUGAGGACAUUCUGCUACAUGAAAUGUGAGACAAAUACCAUAUAAUCUCACUUAUAUGUGGAAUCUAAAAAACCCAAACUCAAAAGAAACAGAACGGAUUGGUGGUUGUCAAAGGAUGAAGGGAGGGGUGUGAAAUGGGUAAAGGUAGUCAAAAGGUACAGACUCCUAGUUAUAAGAUUAAUAAGGCAUGGGGACAUAAUACACAGCAUGGUGACCAUAGUUAAUAAUACUGUAUUGUAGGGAUGCCUAGUGACUCAGUUGAUUAAGUAUCUGGUUCUUGGUUUCAACUGGGUCAUGGGACCAGGCCCUUGUUGGACUCUGCACUCAGCAGGGAGUCUGCUUGAAGAUUCCCUGCCUCUACACCCCACCUUCACGUGCCCUCUCUCUUCUCUCUAAAAUAAAUAAAUCAUUAAAAAAGUACUGUAUCAUAUAUUUGAAAGUUGCUAAGAGUAGAUCUGGGAAAAAUUCUAACUGUGAGGUCAGAGUGGUUAACUAAACGGACUGUGAUAAGUUCACUAUAUAUGUAUAUAUAUGUACAUAUACAUAUAUAUAACUUUUCACUGUAAUAUAUAAUCAAUACAAUGUUCUAAGGCUGGGAAAAUAUAUAAAACUUUUUAAAAAAUUUGAUUUGGGGGCACCUAGUUUCAGGCAGAAGAGCAUGUGACUCCUGAUCUUGGGUUGUGAGUUGGAGCUCCCUCUGUUGGGUGGGGAGACUACUUAAAAUAAAUUUUUUUUUAAAUUUGACUUAAAGUAAAAAUGAGACACUUGAAUAAACAUACAAAAGAGGUAAACA